AUGAAAAACCGAAAGUUAGGACGCCGGGAAGUCAGUAUCCUUAUAAACGAUAUUUGGAAAAAUCGAACAUUUUCCUCGGGAGAGACAAGCACAACGAUGGGUGAAUACAUUGUAAAGUAUUUCACCGACAGAUAUCAUCUUCCCCUGCUGAGGUACGAAUGGAUAUAUAAUCUUUAUUACGCUUGUCAACGGCUCGUAUACGACGACCAGAUUGGAUUAUUCUGGGAUAUAUUAUGGGGAAAUGUUACCGAGGACGCUUAUCACGUACCGAGAAAAGAAUUUAACACACUUAGGAAGAUGAUGGAGAUGCGGAUGGAGGAUCAAAAAAUAAAUGCUCUGCUCGCACAUGAUAUAAUGGAUGUAAUGGACACAAUGUAUCCUUACAAGAGUAAUCGUGACAUCGAAAUUCUUGUUUAUGCGGCAGCCAAACAGCUAGGGAUCGACCCAUCAACGGAGGCGUUCGACGUUGUUAAAUUAUUCGCACAGACAGAGGAGGGCUGGGAACGCGGUGAGUUAGCCAGAGAAUUAGCGCGUCAAACUGCGCAAGAAAUAACCGAAUUUGGAAAGGCAAUACUCCACAGCAUCGAGGUGCAAGAUAAGAGUAGCGAAGUUGCACUUGAAACUUUAAAGAAAGGAUUCAUGGAAGUCGACGAAGGAAUAUCUCCGGCUUUGCUGACGCAACAUAUGAAGUGGAUAUACAAGGUGCAAGACCUGAGUAAAGCAAAACCAAUGGUAAGCAGCGCAAUCGUGAGACAAAUGCUGAACGGCUAUAUAAGAAUAAGUCAUCCCGUGAAACAGCGAAAGUAUUAA